AUGACAGCAAGAUCCCUCAUUUCUGCAGAGACCAGACUAAAAGUAAGCUCAGUGCUGAAUCGUGACAUAACCAACUAUGGCAAGCAGCAUCUUACGGACGACAGCGUAGAAACUUGUUGGAAUUCUGAGCAGGGUCUCCCACAACAUAUUCUGCUCGAUUUUGGCCGCUCAGUGGAGAUCGAGUCUAUUUGGAUGACCUUUCAAGGCGGAUUUGUUGGCAAAAAAUGCGUUCUAGCUGCUAGUGAAGCUGAGUCCCCGAACAACUAUAAUGUGGACCUGGGAACAGUAUAUCCUGAAGAUGUAAAUCAGCCACAGUCAUUUAAUGUACAAUGCCCAAAAUCUGUCCAAAGAUUGAAACUUAUAUUCGAAGAAAGCACAGACUUUUUUGGAAGAAUUACUAUGUACAAGCUCGACAUUUUAGGGCGAGACUGA